GGGCGCUGUGAUUUGUUUCUGGUCUCGUUUCCCGCUGACAAAAACAGAACAAAACAAUACGGAAGUAAAACGGUAGGGAGAGUUUGUUUGGGUUUGUUUGUCCUCGUCCGAGAAAACAUACAUGCUGAAUACACAACUUUCAGUCGACUAAAACAUGUCUAAACUACAGUCGUUUCGUGUGUUUUUAAAUGAGCGUUUAACCGCGGCAGCUGUGGAGAUUUUCGGGGCAGUUGAAGAAACAGUAGCGGACUACCAGGAGGAGAAUGAUCGGCUACGGAGACUGCUGCGGAUCACACCGGAGAUACAACUAUGUAGGAUAGACUCCCUGCAGCUCCCUGUCUCUGAGGAGGAGGUUCUCCCUGAGUAGCAGCACUGUGAGCAGGAGUGGAGCCCCAGUCUGGGGCAGGAGAACCCAGAACUUCCACAGAUUAAAGAGGAACAGGAGGAACUCAGGACCAGUCAGGAGGAAGAGCUGCUUCAAGGGCUGGAGGCUGAUUUCAAAUUCACUCCUUCCUGUGUGAAAAGUGAAUGUGAUCAGGAGGACCCACUUCAGUCCAUGACUCUUCACCAAACCCAGACUGUGGAGAACAGAGAGAGUGACCCUAAACAAGUGGUUCUCACACCUUUUGUUACUGUGACCCACCUUAAGGGUCUCUACAUUCCCUGUGACCCUCCAGAUAAUCAAAACAAUGCCUCCAGCCACAGCUCAGCCGUAAGCAGAAACCCAGUAGGACUUGACAGCAGCCCACCAUUGGAUCCCAGCCCAUUGAUGGCGGAACAUUCUUCCAGCACGUCUAGAAAAACUCACCACUGCCGUGAAUGUGGUGAAAAGUUUGCUCUGAAAGCUGACCUGCAGAGGCAUAUGACUCUCUACAAGAAGAGACUCCGUGAAUGCAGUUUCUGCAGAAAACGCUGCACCUCCACCUGUAAACUAAAGGCCCAUAUCCGCCUCUGUCACAGUGGGAGACCCUGCACCUGCCCUGUUUGUGCCAAGACCUUCAAACUCAAAGGAUAUCUGUCCAAGCACAUGAGGAUUCACACAGGAGUGGGAGAGAAACCAUUUAGCUGUGGAGACUGUGGGAAAAGCUUCAAUUUGAAGGGGAACCUAAAGAACCAUAUGUUGACUCACACAGGAGAGAAAUCAUUUAGCUGUGCUGACUGUGGGAAAAGCUUCAAUCAGAAGGGAUCCCUAAAGAAGCAUAAACUGACUCACACAGGAAAGACACCAUUUAGCUGUGGCGACUGUGGGAAAAGCUUCAAUCAGAAAUGGAAACUAUCUUUACAUAUCCAGACUCACACAGUAGGGAAACCAUUUAGCUGUGCUGACUGUGGGAAAAGCUUCAAUCAGAAGGGGUCCCUAAAGAAGCAUACACUGACUCACACAGGAGAGAAACCUUUUAGCUGUGAUGACUGUGGGAAAAGCUUCAUUCAGAAGGGGAACCUUAGGAGCCAUAAACUGACUCACACAGGAGAGAAACCAUUUAGCUGUGAUGACUGCGGGAAAAGCUUCACUCAAAAGUCUAACCUACUGACGCAUGUGAAAAAUAUACACAAAGGAGGAAAACAGGAUUAAAACUGAAAGAAAGAACAUUAUGACAAAGAUCUAUUUAGUCACAAGAUGAACAUAAAAAGUCAGGAUGUGGACGAUUCUGAGUACACGCUCAGACACACAUAGCUGGAAUAAGUCAAUGAAGUCAGAGAGAAUAGUCAGAUUAACUGAUGACUAAAAUAUUAGUGCAGAUGGCAUUAUUUUGUUACGUGCAUAGAUGUGUUAUAGGUAAUGAAUGUGUAGGGAACUUCUGAAAUUCUACAGAUUUUGUGGCACAGCAGGAAUACACACAAACCAAAAAGUAAAAUGGAAUUAAGGAAUAUAUAAAUAUUAGGAUGAGCCAUGUCGGAGUGGCAUAGACUAAAAUACAAUAGAAUAGAGUACAGUAUAUUCAUGUGAGAUGAGUAAAGCAGUAUGUAAAUAUUAUUAAAGUGACUAGUGUUCCAUUAUGCAAGUGAAUUCCAGUCUAUGUAUUUAGGGCAGCAGCCUCUAAGGUUCAGGGUUAGGUAACCGGGUGGAAGCCGCCUAAGAGAACAUUCUCAAAUAUGUGGGUGUAAAACACUGUUAAAAGCACUGUUUGUGUGUGUCGGUGGCUGUCCCUAGCAUUGCCAAAAGACAAAGAGCUGUGACUGGAUCAGUGGUUCACCAAUCAGAGCCUUGAUGGGCUUGGCAACAGUAACAAAGGGUGAAGUGUAAUGAAACUAGGGUGCGUGUGCCCUGGGUAAACCAUUUUGGGGGGGGGGCGCAUUUCUUUAUGAGCAUCGGGUAACGUCCUCGGAACAAACCGGGAACUAGACAAAAACCUCCAGGAGAGAGCAUGGCACAAUUUCCCAUGAACCUUUAGGGACCAUGACACAACAUCCCAAGAAUUCCUUAAAAACGUCCUCGAGACCUGCCAGGAAUUAGACAGAUCCUCUAGGGAACCAUGACACAACGUCCUGACGACUUUAGGCGACCAUUUUGUGACAUCAUGGGAGGUCCCAACGACUCAUUGUUUACAUGGAAGUUAUGUUUUUCAUUAAAUAAGUAACAUUUACUCUUUUUUUUAUUAACCCAUAUGUUUUUUUUACAGCUUUUCUGCUACAAAAGUGUGCAAAGCUGUGAUCAAGGCAAAAGGGUGGCUACUUUGAAGAAUCUCAGAUAUA